GCUCCUCUUGCAAUGACGCAAAUGACAGUCAAACUCUCAUCAUUCAACCCAAUAUUCGUGAAUCAAAUGGUUCAGAUCUGCAGGACAGUCAAAUAUAAAUAUCCGGAUGUGAUCACUACUCUAAGUCCGUGCAGUUGAGAGUAAUUUAUAUAUAUGCCCGCUAGCUCCACGGAUUUCCCCGUCAUGAUGUAUUUGGCUGCCGUCCUCGUCUCUCUGCUCGCCAUGGGCACAUCUACAAAUGCACUUGCGGUCUGCGAUCGAGACAAUAAUCAAGGCCAGGACGACGACCCCAACAACGAAUCCGGUCAAAACCGGAUCUGCCCGGGUCUCAGAACAACGGACAAUGGCUGCAUUCGAUUCACUCGAGGCUUCGACGUUACCGGUGUUACGACUGAAGUCGACCUUACCUUCCCACAGAUCCAAACCGAAUGCGACUGUAUCCAGGAGUGUAUCAAUCGACUCGGCACCUGUGCCAACUAUGUGUGGAAGUUCUCCACUCCAGAGUCCGUCCAAUCUGGCCAUCGCACCUGUACCCUGUACUCCGAUUUCAACCUGCCCGCGGACGUGACGCUGGCUUUCGAUGUGAACGGGUCCAUGAACAUCCAGACUUUGAGUCCAGACAACAAUCCGCAGCGCGGAGGCCUUGUUCCUCAAGCCUUCAAGGAUAGUAAUCUCAGUACUGAGGCGGACCAUGAUGCUGUUUCGGGCCCUGUUUGGGCACUGGCGGAUGGCUCUGUUCAGUGCUAGAAGAAAAGAACCUAGUGAUCAGGUGGAUUUCAUCUGAUUCUACGAUCUUUCUCAUAUCAGUUGGGUGCGCAUAGGGCGAAUAUGCAACUUGUGUACUACCUUGGAGUUCUUUCCCCUUUUUUUUUGUAUUAUCGUAAAGUAUACCUAGGUACUAGGAAAUUGAAGAUGCGAGCUUGUUCCCUGA